GUCUAACAGGAAAGGUUUGAAGCCACUCGCACUCGCCCGCCCGGAACAAAAACGAGCAGCAGAAAACCUUAAAGAAAUGGCAUCCGUACCAUGUUCAGACAUAAGUUACAGCGUUUUAUGCAAAAGUAGAGCGAUUUCUUUGGUGGGCUUGUCUUCUUUUCCAUUAUCAGAGCCAAAGGCGGGAGCUUUACCCUACCUCUCUAGAGAUAGAGUUAUCUCACAGGGAAUUCUUAGAAAAGGAACUUUGCCUUAUAUUAGAAGGGGAUUGCAUGGCUUCGUGACAAAGAAAGUGACUACAAUUCCCAGGAGCAACAUAUCCUCAAACUCCAGUGAUGGUAGUGGUGAUGACUCCUCUAACCAAGACAAGACCCCUUUUGGAUACACAAGAAAGGAUGUUCUAUUGAUUGGUCUUGGAGUAACUCUUUUUGGAAUAGGCCUGAAAAGUGGAUUGGAGUUCUUUGGAGUUGAUCCUUUGCAGGCUGGGAAUGUUGUCCAGUUAGUCCUGGUUUUGGGUUUGACAGUAGGGUGGAUCUCAACAUACAUUUUCAGAGUUUCGAACAAGGAAAUGACCUAUGCUCAACAAUUACGAGAUUAUGAAAGCAAAGUUAUGGAGAAAAGACUGGAGAGUUUAACUGAAGCAGAGUUACAAGCACUGCUGGAACAGGUCGAAGAAGAGAAAAGCCAACCGACUCAAGGCGAGCAAAGUACCUGAAUGUUUUUAUUAUAUCUGUUCAGGAUUCAAGUACAUAUACACCUGUAUAAGAAGUGUUCUUGUACAAUUGAGAUACAUAAUCAAAUGUAGUGACCAAUAAGGGAAGACAGAUAUGGAUCAUUUUCUUGUUUGAGAUAAAAUUAUGCAAGUUGAUCGUAAAUUGUAACGCUGUCUUGGUGGCAAAAUGUAGUUGAUCUGGAAA